AUGAAGAUGAUUUCUUCGUUCGAUAUCACAAUCGUUCAAUUAUUGAAAAAACUCUUUAAACCAUUUUCUAUAUCUCAAAUUGUAAGCUUGUUGGACGAUCUGCGUUUAGAUGUUUGUAUUCCAGAUUCCUGUAGUGAAAAUGACUUGGAAAAUAUUGGAAAUUGGCUGAUAGGGAAUUACGUAGAAAUUGAAGUAGAAUUCUGUAAAACGAAAGAAGAGAAGAAUGAAUAUUCAAUGCCUCAACUAAUUUGUUUAAACGUGUUCGGAGCUUUAAUAGUUUGCAUAAUCUUAGCAACAUCCGUUCAUACUUUGUUGAAAUUACAAAUAGUUAGCAUGGAAAGGGUAAACGGAAAAAUAUUUGAUAUUGUUGUUUCCAUAUCGGCACUGACCACUUCAAGUAAAUUGUUUUCCAGCAACAUUUACGAGAAGACAAAAGCUCUAAGUGGAAUCAAAGUUUUAUUGAUAUAUUGUAUUAUAUUUGGUCACAUUAUGUCAACCUCAGAAUUAAUACCGUCCGUUUUCGAAAAACGUUUAAAUUUUUUAAGAAUAGUAAAUUACAUACCAAUAGAAAUUGCUUCUAAUUCGCUUGUAUUCAUUGAAAGUUUUUUCUUAAUCAGUGGAUUACUAACAUUUUACACACGAAAACAAAAAGCAAAGUCAAACAUGCAAUAUGUGCAAUUCAUAAUAAACAGAGCGAUCAGGUUAACACUACCAGUUCUUUGUGUUUUGGCCACGAUGAUUAUUUUACCUCUUUUGGGCGAUGGUCCACAUUGGGAAUAUGUUAAACGUGAGGCUGAAUUUGCAGAACAACAUUGGUGGAAAUUUGCAUUUCAUACUCACGUUUAUGAAAUUUAUCCACAUAACGUUUUGUUUGAUUUUUGGUUUAUGAGUGAUUUGUUGCAAUUAACGAUUAUCACAGCACCAUUGUUAUUCGUGUGUGACAGAUGGCCGAAACAUGGGAAAUUUGUAAUAUUUAUAUUACUUAUUGUCGGCAUUACCUCACACGUGACUUACAUGGUGAUGACAGACACCUUUAUUUUCAUUGGAUACUCUUUUGACAGGGAAAAAUUGUAUACUUAUUUAUUUAAUAAUUAUACAAGACCGUACUACUCGCACCUCACUUCUUAUUGCACGGGUUUAUUAAUUGGAAAUAUUCUGGCAAACAAAAUGGAGAUAAAAUUUAAAAAAAUUUACCGUGUAAUCUUCUGGAUAAUUUCCUUGUCUCUAUUGAUGUAUUCUACUUUUGGAUUGCACAAACAGAUAAUUGAAGUGUCUCCAAACAAAUCUCUCGUUUUUAUUCACAGAGCUUUGUCACCGUUUAUGUUGAUAAUUGGACUUUCUUGGAUAUGUCUAGCUUGUAUAACUGGAUAUGGAGUGCUGUUAGCGCUUCGUGGAUGCAAACCAUCCUGGUUCCUUAAUAAAGCAUAUCCUCGAGCCGUUUGUACGGACACAGGAAUGCAUGACUUCGAAUCUUGCGGAUUGUGGCCUCGCAAUCGCUUUAAGAGCGGGGAUGAGGAAUAUGUUGUUCUUGACAAAGAUGCUAAUCUAAGUGAAUCGGUGGAAGUCUCCCAGAAUCUGGCAACUGAAAGGCGGCAAGAACAAACAGAUACUUUAACGUGUGUGGCACAAUCCAUCAGACUACUGAGCAAGAACAGACUGAAGAAGUUGAGUACCCACAGUUCCUGA